AUGCCUGGUUCCUGUGAGGUUUGCUCUUCGGAGCCCUCCAAAUAUCGUUGUCCCACCUGCGAACUGAUGAGCUGCUCGCUUGCAUGCACCCAGUCUCAUAAGAUAUACUGUGCUCUGAAAGCCCCAUCCAACGAGGAAUCGAGCAAUCCACCCGAUGCCGAUCCAUCGCCUCAGAACGGCGAUGUCAACACUGAAAAUGCCGAGCCAACCGAGUCGAAACGGCCGACAAAUGUCGCAGCUGUAGCGACAUCAGCGGAGAUCAAAGAGCUCCUCGAGAAGUACCCUCAACUCCGCAGCCAGCUACAGGAAAUUUACCAAGCAACGCUGGAAGAAGAAUGGGUGGAAUGGCACACAACUCCCAUCCGCGGACGAGGCCGUGGACGAGGACGAGGUGGCCCCACUCGUCGCAGUAGGGGCUCCUGGACUUCCGAGAAAGGCUUCAACCGUGGGCUAGGCAAGGUCCGGAAGCUGCGACAGGACUGUGAGGAAGGCACAGAAACUGGUCAAGCCGCAGAGGCAUUCAUGCGGUUUAUGGCGCUUGUCAAUCAGGGCCAGGAAGCACACUCAGCCUGA